CGAAUGCAGCGAAGACACUUCUGUCGCUGGUUGGACCCUUCACAACGUUUGUUCGUGACGUGUAUGCAAUUGUCUGCUGACCGCAACUGGCUGGUGCUUUGUUCAAGGCGGCCCAGGAGCCGGAGGUGACGCACGUGGUGGGCUGGGGUGGCGGCAGCGUCGUCACAAUCAGCCGGGCGGGUCAGCCGCCGCGCAAGGAAUUCGUGCGGCUACUGCGUGAGCGGUUCGCGCGCCACGUCAUCGUGAUCAACGAGUACCGCACCAGCAUGGUGUGUGCGAACUGCGGGCGCCGCACCCUGCGCCGCAAGGAGCUGCCGCAGGGUGGCGCGGACUUCCACGUCCUGGUCUGCAAUAACGACUGUCACACGACGUGGGACCGUGACGAGAACGCGGCCCUCAACAUGCGGCUGCUGUUGAUCCUGCAGCUCCUGGGCCGCGACCGGCCGGCGGUCUUUUGCCGGCAGGAGUAUGGCGGUGUUAACUAGUUGAAGUUGACCUAGUUGAUGGAGUUCCCCUGACCCGCUGCCGCCUCCCGACCCCCGGUGUGGGGUCGCGUGCGGUGUCUGGGCGAGGCGCUCUUUGGUUGCAACCAGCCUGUUCACCCAGGUGUGCUUGAGGCGUUGGACAUGCGACGACUUGCAGUAAAUGGCUGUGCGGGAGCGCUGAGACGGACGUCCGUUGCGAUUGGGUGGUUGGUGUGUGUGGUCAGGGGUGUGUGGAGAGGAGAGCGGCCAAAACCAGGUGUGCCGUGCCGUGGAACACUGCUCACCACCCAUUGAAGAUUCCCUUGUGUGGGGACAAGUGGUGGUGGUUGCAGUGGGUACAACGGUCACCAGCCUGCCAGCUGGCGCCGCUGCCCUUGGAGACGUUGUGCAAAUGCGAACGGUGCAUCUGUGUGAGCGGCGUGGUCCUUCGGGCACAUUACGCCUCGCCGUUGCGGUGUGGCGUGCGGCAUGCCCCUGCGGGCGGGUGCAGUGGACAUGGGUUCGAGGACGGGUUGUCAUGCCCUUGUCAAUAAAUUUCGUGUACUUUCACACAGUGUGAGUUCAGGUUUGCAAUGGUAUUGAGCUAGCAAUCCGAGGGUAUCUUAUAA